AUUUUGGUCAGCAACGGAGACUAUUGUGCUCGCAAGCUUGAGAUCGGGAUUGGUCUAAAAGUAUAGCGAGGUCAUCAUACCUUCACGGUACCUUCAUGCAAGAGAGCGCUUGCGGUCCGCGGUUGAAACGCGCGCGCGCAGACGCGUCGGAGGACGGAGACACACCCAGACCAACAUCGGAAGAUAUCAAGCGGGAUCAAGUUGUUUGGUUCGAUGACGGGAACAUCAUGUUGCUGGCUGGCGGUGUUGCCUUUCGCGUCUACCGAGGGCUUCUGGCAUUGCACUCUGAAAUCUUCGCCGACAUGUUUUCUGUCCCGCAGCCGGAGUCUGUGGAACAACUCGAUGGCUGCCCGGUCAUACAUCUUACGGACCAUCCAGACGAAUUGCGUCACUUUCUGCGCGACCUCUUCGUGGACAAGAAAUACAAUCGACACAACGAAACGCUCCCAUGUACUACGGUUGUAGCUCUUGCUCGCCUCGCUCACAAGUAUGGAAUCAAGGAUAUGCUAGACGACGCUCUGUGUCGCGUGCAGUCCUGCUUCAGCGACAAUCUGUACAUCUGGAUUAGAGCUGAUGAAAACAUGCACACCCACCUCAUGACCUUCGACCGGAAGGAUGCAGUCGCCGCGGUGAACAUCGCUCGUCUUACGGAGACAACAAGCAUGCUUCCCGUAGCCCUAUAUAUGUGCUGCCAACUCGAAAUCCAGGACAUCAUGAACGGGGUCAUGCAAGAGAACGGCACGGUUGAGCGGCUCGCACCAGGGGACGUCAUGAAGUGUCUCGAAGCGCGGAAGACACUCGCCUACGACAACGUGGUCUCUGCUGCCCGGAUAUUCACCCCUGUCGCCCAUAUCUCAUGUCUAUCUCAGGAGUCCUGCACUGCGCAUAUCCUGGGUCUUUUCCAACGUCUGGUGAAUCACCGGGCUGGUUUGGAUAUUUGCUCAAGUCUUGGUGAUUGGGUACCAUACAUCCUGACAAGCCAAUCCUGCAAGUCGCUCUGUGGUUGCUGCUAUGAAAUGGUACAAGGGAGAGCUAUUGGCGAGCAAGAAGAAGUAUGGCGACGACUCCCGAAGGUCAUGGGUGUCGAGGUCCAUGGCUGGAUGUCAUAAAUCAACGAUGGAACCCAGGUGAGUAAUAUUUCUGCCCGUCACGAUUGGCAUUCGUUCCGUGGCUGAACGAUCGGAUGGAACAUAUGCUCACGAUUUUCCUUAGGCUUCACUGACUGUGCACGUCACCGGAUCCGUCCCUAGAGCUUCAAGUUGCUGCAAACCGCACAACGUCCGCCUCAGAUACUCAGAUAUCGCAUCACUAUCUACGCCUGCGCACGGACACCGCGAAUGUUUCCUUACCUGAUAGAU